AUGGACGGCUUCACUACCAAAGGAGGCAACCGCUCUCCUUUGCAUCAGAAGCUUGCCUUUUUAGCAUUGACCAAUACAAUCGAUCAGUGGAACUCCGAGUAUCCCCGGCUCGCGAGUCAGCUGCUGGACGACAAAGAUCAGCAUCUCUUAUCCGAAUGCUAUGCCGCUCACUUAAUGCCCACUGCGCCUUCCCUGUGGUGGAACGGCAAUAACGCCAGCAUAGCCACUUGUCUAAUCCUACCAGAGGCAUAUCCCUCGCUCAAUCAUGGCUCUUGGAAAGGAAGCAAGAUCAAGGCUAGCGACAUCCUCAGAACCUGGCGCGAAGACGCCGCCCGUCUGUAUCCAUUCAGCGAGAUCGACGACGAUGACCAUGAGAACACUUCCAUUGAAGAUAUGGCGCAAGACCCAGGCCAAGAAUCAGAAAACGUCAUCAGUUUUUCCCGAAGCCUAGAACAGUGUAGAGUCAAUGACCAGAACGACUUUGACGAGUACAACAGAGAUGUCACUUACAUUGCAGAGAGUCCCGCUUCAAACAAGAAAAGAAAGGCGGACAGUUCAUUGAGCCAGGUUGCCACCCCGAAAAGAGCCAAGCAAAAUCGAUCUAUUUACGACGAUGAAAGCUCUGACGACGAGAUCCUUGUGCGCCGCCAACGACCACAUGCGAGAGCAAACGUUCGACCACGACGACCCGCUGCUCUGAUCAUUACGCCUCCUCACGUCGGCGAAUCUACACCCACGAUCUUGAUCGACUCGGAUAGUGACGAUGAGGAGCCCGUUGCACCAGGAAGACGCCAAGGACGUGGUGAACGCAAAGAAUCGAUCGAGCCCGUCAUGGUAAAUCCAUCGCGACUCAGUCUCACGCCGAUUUGCACCGUAACAGCUAUCGAGCCAGUCGAAGCACUACAGGAAAAGCACAGCUGCAUCGCGACUCUUGACUCUCGACUUUGUCGACAAAUCCCGUGA